AUGGCCGAACAUCAGGAAGAUGUCAACAAUCAAGCCACCACCACAAUUGUGACCGAUAAGGAUGAGGAGAGGUUUGAAUCUGCAGAGGAUACGCUCAAGGGGGCGCAGAGGGCCACCGAAGAGGAGCACGGGAUGGGCCUGAGAGAGGGUAUUCGCAAGUAUCCUCGCGCUGUGUUCUGGUCGAUAUGGUUCUCGUCAGCCUUGAUCAUGGAAGGAUUCGACCAUGCCUUUGUGAGCGGCUUCUUCGCCUUCCCAGCGUUCCAGGAACGUUAUGGCAAACUUCAGAGUGACGGUACAUACCAAGUUCCCGCAGAUCUGCAGUCAGGUAUCAGCAAUGGUGUCAAUGCUGGCGAAAUCGUCGGUCUGCUACUCAAUGGUUUGCUUGCAGAUUGGAUCGGCUAUCGCUGGGUGAUGAUCGGCUGUCUCUUUUUGAUGAUGGCAUUCAUCUUCCUGCAGUUCUUUGCCACCAGCAUCUAUAUGUAUCUGGGAGCUGAGAUUCUACUCGGUCUUCCAUGGGGUGUCUUCCAAACACUGACGACAACCUAUGCUGCCGAGGUAUGCCCAAAUGUCUUGCGACCAUACCUGACCAUGCUGGUAUCUCUGUGCUGGAGCAUUGGCUACUUGCUUGGAACUGGUGUUCUCAGGGCUUUCCUAUCAUCACACGGCCAGUGGGCCUACCGGAUUCCAUUUGCAUUGCAAUGGGCCCUCCCGAUUCCACUAGCCAUUGGUAUUUACCUGGCUCCAGAAUCGCCUUGGUGGCUUAUUCGCAAAGGGCGCACUGAAGAUGCAAGAAAAUCUUUGCAUCGGCUUCGCGCAAAAGACAGUUCAGAGGAUGAGAUUUCCGAUACCGUCGCCAUGAUGGUGCAAACCGUGAAGAUCGAGAACGAAAUGAAGGCCACAAGCAGUUACUGGGAUCUUUUCAAGGGUGUGAACCUGCGCCGUACAGAGAUCACCGUACUGACCUAUCUUAUUCAAGAACUUUGUGCUCCCCUGGUUGCAUAUAUUGUUUACUUCCUGGAACAGGCCGGCCUGCCUUCCGCCGCCUCGUUUGACUUUGGCAUGGGGGAGUAUUCCCUGGCGAUUGUCGGUGUCUUCAUUGCAUGGUACUGCGUGCCCAGGACAGGUCGGCGGACCCUGCUGCUCAUCGGCACGGCGUUUAUGACCGUGACCACUUUUGUCAUUGGUUUCAUGGGUAUUCCAGAUCUCAAGACCCAUCCAAACAUCGGCUACGGAAUCGGAAGUAUUCUACUUAUCGAAUACUUUGUCUUCUUCAUCACUAUUGGGCCUAUCAUCUAUACCAUUGUUACUGAAAUCCCAUCAAAUUACUUACGUAACAAGAGCGUUGUGAUGGCCCGUGCGGUCUACAACAUCGGCGUUCUUGUCUAUGGCCAGCUUGUCCCUCAUAUGGUACAAAAAGCCUCUUGGAAUUGGGGUGCAAAGUCAGGGUUCUUUUUUGGAGCAAUUAUGGGGCUUGGGCUGAUCUGGGCGUAUUUCCGCCUUCCCGAGACCAAGAAUCGGACAUUCGCGGAAAUGGACAUUCUAUUCAAGAACGAGGUUAAGGCGAGGGAUUUCGAGAAGACCAAAGUUGAUAUUGCCAGUGAAACGGUAUCUCAAGAUUGA